AUGUCGAAAAGACCAGGAGAAAAUAUGAAUGACGCUACAGCAUUCGACUCACCCGCCUCGAAACGCGUGCGGAUUAAGGAUGUGGACGACGUGAGCGCUGCGCCGAUAACCCCCGUUAUUCGACCACCAUCCCCGGCGGACGAGACCAAUGGCACUACGAAACACGAUCAUAAGGAGGAGGAAGAAGAGGAACACGAGUAUAUCGUCGCACCACAACACAGAAGAAAAGCGCAACAAAUCGAUUCCGACAUCUACCUCGACACAAUAACCCCGACCCACCUCGACUUCGACUUCCAAAAAAUCUGCUCAGUCUCACUCUCCACACAAAACAUCUACUGUUGUCUCGUCUGCGGGAAGUACUUCCAAGGCCGUGGUCGCUCCUCCCACGCCUUCCGACAUUCUGUGGAUUCGGAUCAUCAUGUUUUCAUGAAUUUGUCGGAUGAGGGGAGGUUGGGGGUGUGGGUUUUGCCGGAGGGGUAUGAGGUUAAGCGGUGCGCCGGAGUCAUCGGAGACAUUAGGCGGGUUGCGGAUCCGAGGUAUACGAAAGAUGAUGUACGGAAUAUCGACGCCAUCCCCGAGACAAACGCCGUACCAAAGGAUUUGUCGGGCAAGUCGUAUUUACCGGGAUUCGUAGGUUUGAACAACAUCAAGGCAAAUGACUACGUCAACGUCAUCCUACAACUCCUAACCCACGCCCCACCCAUCCGGAAUUUCUUCCUCCUCUCUCCACAGAUAACCAACGGGCUUCCUGGAGCAUUGGGAGCACUGACACGGAAAAUCUGGAAUCGGCAUGCGUUCAAGGGACAUAUCUCGCCACAUGAAAUAUUGCAGGUCAUUGGAGUGGAAAGUAAGAAGCGGUUCACCCUACUCGAACAGAAAGAUCCAAUGGAGUUUUUGGGAUGGAUCCUCAACGCCCUCCACACUGGCCUCGGCGGAACAAAGAAAAAACCAAGCAUCAUCACCAAAACAUUUCAAGGACGCGUCCAAGUCGAGACUCAAACGAUUGCUGCCGAAUCAACCGGCUCACGCGUGGUAUUCAAAGCGGAUAAGAAAGCGACGACGAUGACCCAGACCCCAUUCCUCUUCCUCACCCUCGAUCUCCCGCCAACGCCCCUCUUCCAAUCCUCGAUCGAGAAAAACAUCAUACCGCAAAUCCCUCUCACAGAUCUCCUCAAAAAAUACGACGGGAGCACGGAACAGGUUUCUGAGGGUGGGGUUAGGAGGUAUAGGCUUUUGGAGGUGGGGUGGUAUUUGGUGUUGGGCGUCAAACGCUUUACAAAGAAUGGGAUGGGUGAGGUAGAGCGGAAUCCGACGAUCAUAACACUACCGCCCUCGCUAUCCCUCAACCUCGCGCCCUACCUUGCCCCCUCUUCCUCCUCCGACUCCCAGCCCGUCAUUUUCGAUUUGUUGGCAAACAUCUACAACACUUCCGUACCCGACGAAGACGGCAACGAAAAAUCUGUGUGGAGUAUACAGCUCCGCGAAGGCAGGGCGGGGGAUGUGAAGGGUAGGUGGUGGGAGUGUGGGGAUUUGAGGGUUGAGGAGGUUAGGAGGGAGUUGUUGGGGCUGAGGGAGGGGUGUUUGCAGGUUUGGGAGAGGAGGCGGUAG